CAUAGCUCACAGACUCGGGUUAUCCUCCUGAAGGACAUGGAGAGGCUCGAGCAGACUCGUCUGUUUCGCCUGCAGCAAGGCUUUGAGCUUCAGUUUCGUCUGGGGCCCACCCUGCAGGGCAGGUGUGUGCGUGUCUUCACUAACUACCCAUCACCAGGGACAACGUUCAACAACCAGGAGUUCCAAGCUCUGGAGUGGAUCGUCCCUACAGGUACGCCGGAUGACUCGGAUAAGUACUGCAAGCUGGACCUCGACAUUGCCGGCUCCUACCGGUAUUACUUUGAUUGUGGGGAUGAGAAGAUGGAAGGCAGUGGCUAUAUCUUGGUGGAACCCGUGUUGCGUGUGGGCCAUAAGGACAGGAUACUGAAUCUGGACAGCAUCAGCGUUCAGUCCUACUUGGCCAAGUGCCUGGGUCCGCUGGGUGAAUGGAAAGACCGACUCAAGGUGGCCAAGGAAACUGGCUACAGUAUGAUCCACCUGACACCGCUACAGAAGCUUGGCCAGUCACGUUCCUGCUACUCCAUCGCUGACCAGCUGGAGCUGAACCCUGACUUUUCCCCACCUGGGAGGAGCUACACUUGGAUGGACGUAGGGAACCUGAUGGAGAUGAUCAGGAAGGAGUGGAGCAUCAUCUGUAUCACUGACCUUGUGUACAACCAUACAGCGGCUGACAGCGAGUGGCUGAGGCUCCACCCGGAGUGUGGCUACAACCUGGCGAACUCCCCCCACUUGAUGCCGGCCUGGCUGCUGGACAGAGCCCUGUGGCACCUGGGCCGCGACGUGGCCGAAGGGAAGCACAGCGAAGAAGGCUUGCCAGCCCUCAUCACGGAGGAGAAGCAGCUUGAUACCCUGCAAGGGCUCCUGUGGCAGGGCAUCUUUCCUCGGCUGAAGCUCUGGGAGUUUUUCCAGGUGGACGUGGGCAAAGCAGUGGAGCAGUUUAAAGAGAUGCUGCAGGCUGGUGAAGAACCAGUUGGGCCACAGAUGACCGAGUCACACAAGAUGAAGAUCAUACAGGACCCUCAGUACAAGCGCUUUGGGAACACUGUGGACAUGAAGAUGGCACUGGAGAUGUUUGGCAGACCCACGAAUGGCCCAGUGGCAGUCCAAGUUUUCUGUGACUGGUUUAAGAAAGCCCUGGAAGAAGUGAACUUGGAGUGCUAUGAGGAAAUGUGCAAACAUCACGAGCAGGCUGUAAACUGCAUAAUGGAUGUCGUGCGCUACGAGCGUCUCGCAGUGAAUGGCCCCCGGCUCGGCCCAGUCACGAGGACGCACCCACUAGUAGCCAGAUACUUCACCUUCCCCUUUGAGGACAUGGCCAUGGAUAAGGAACAGCUGCUGUUGCAGAAUGCUGAUGACGCAUGUCACUUCCUGGCCCACGACGGAUGGGUGAUGGGGGAUGGCCCGCUCAGGAGCUCUGCAGAACCAGACUCGGACGUGUACCUGCGGAGGGAGUUGGUCUGCUGGAGUGACAGGGUCAAGCUGCGCUAUGGCAACAAACCGGAGGACUGUCCAUAUCUCUGGGCCCACAUGAAGAAGUACACGGAGAUCACGGUCAAACACUUCUACGGCGUGCGACUGGACAACUGUCACUCCACACCUCUCCACGUGGCUGAGUACAUGUUGAGGAGUGCUCGGGACCACCGGCCUGAUCUGUACGUUGCGGCGGAGUUUGUAACGGGGAGCGAGGAGCUGGACAACGCCUUCGUUGCUCAGCUUGGCAUUACCUCCCUCAUCCGGGAGGCAAUGAGUGCAAGUGACAGCCAAGAGGAAGUCCGGAUGGUGUACCAGUCUGGUGGGGACCCCGUGGGUUCAUUUGACCAGCCCAGCCUAAGGCCUUUGGUUCCAGGCAAGGCACCCACCAUGUUCCUGGACAUCAACCAUGAUAACAAGUGCCCUGUCCAGGUGCGCUCCGUCUACGACUGCCUCCCUAGCUCUGCCGUCGUGUCUAUGGCCUGCUGUGCCACAGGCAGUACUAGAGGAUACGACGAGUUAGUCCCUCACAAGAUUUCCGUAGUUGAGGAGGAGCGGUUGUAUACCAAGUGGAACGCCGACACACUAUCAUCCUCUCUCUGGGAGGUGAACCUCCAGACAGGCAUUAUGGCAGGGAAGCUGGCCCUCAACAGGCUGCACCAAGAGCUGGCCGAGAAGGAUUUCACACAGGUCUAUGUAGACCAGCUGGAUGAAGACACUAUAGCAGUAACCAGACACUGCCGAAGCACACACCAGUCUGUGGUGACUGUGUGUCGAACCGCCUUCAAAGACCCCAAAACACACCACUACAGAGAGAGAGUUUCUCCCAUGCUCAUACCAGGUCAGAUAGAGGAGGUGAUCCUGGAGGCACGAACGGUCGAGAGAGGUGCCGGCCCGUAUGUGAAAGACAAGCAGUGUGUUAACGGCCUUCCUGACUACACGGUUGAGCUCCAGGAACACCUCCAGCUGAAGGACAGCAAAAUUGUGAGGCAGGGAAAUGCCUCAGUAAAGGGCUGCAGUGAGUUUGUCCAGGAGAUCGUGUUUGAUCAGCUCACUCCAGGCAGUGUGAUUGCUUUCAGGGUGAGCCUGGACCCCCAGUCUCAGGAUGCAGUGGGCUUCCUACGUGCUCAGCUCUCCCAGUUCCAUCGCCUGUACCAGACAGGAAGCCUGAGUGACCCUGAUCUCCCUGCCAUCCUGAAGGUUUCCCUGGAAUUUCUCAUGUCGAAGCUGACUUUGGCUGAACUGAACAUGUUGCUGUUCCGCUGCGAUGCUGAGGAGCGGGAGGAUGGUGGAGGGUGCUACAACAUACCAUCCUGGAUGGCCCUAAAGUAUGGUGGCCUUCAAGGGUUUGUGUCAGUGCUGUCAGACAUUCGACCCAGCAACAACCUAGGCCACCCAUUCUGUGACAACCUGAGGCAAGGAGAUUGGAUGCUUGAUUACAUUAGCUCUCGUCUCUUAAAUAAAGGUGGAGCUUUGCAGGAGGUGGGGAAAUGGUUCCACAGCAUGUUUACCUACCUUAAGUGCAUCCCACGGUACCUUGUGCCAUGUUAUUUCGAUGCCAUCAUUGUCGGGGCGUACGCUACGGCUGUGAAUGCUGUGUUCAGCAAGAUGUCAAGUUUUGUGCAGCAUGGUGUGACCUCAGUGAAGCAGCUGGCACUCGCCUCGGUGCAGAUGUGUGGCGUGGGGCGGGUGCCCGCCCUGCCCCCGCUCUCUCCCGCCCUGGAGGAUGUCCCGCAUCGUCUCAACCCCAUCUCCCAGCAGAAGGAGCAGUGCUGUGUGUCUCUGGCUGCAGGGCUGCCUCAGUUCUCAUCAGGCAUGUUCCGCUGCUGGGGCCGGGACACGUUCAUAGCGCUGCGUGGGCUCAUGCUUAUCACAGGCAGACACGUGGACGCGAGGAACAUCAUCCUGGCCUUUGCUGGCACCUUGAGGCACGGUCUGAUUCCCAACCUACUGGGACAGGGCGUGGGAGCACGCUACAACUCCCGGGAUGCCGUGUGGUGGUGGCUACAGUGCAUCCAAGACUACUGUGUCAUGGUGCCCCAUGGUACUAACAUCCUGUCUAGCCCCGUGUCACGCAUGUACCCCAUGGACAACUCGGAACCUCAGCCUGCAGGCACUGUGGAUCAGCCUCUGCACGAUGUCAUCCAGGAGGCCAUGCAGCAUCACAUGCAAGGAAUUGAGUUCCGAGAGCGGAAUGCCGGACUGCAGAUCGACUGCAAGAUGCGAGACGAAGGGUUCAACGUUGAGGCUAAAGUCAACCUGGACACGGGCUUCGUGUACGGGGGAAAUCGCUUCAACUGUGGGACAUGGAUGGACAAAAUGGGUGAGAGUGACAAAGCCAACAAUCGUGGGAUACCAGCCACACCCAGGGAUGGUUCUGCAGUGGAGAUUGUAGGUCUUUGCAAGUCUGCCGUACGCUGGUUAAUGCAGUUGAACAGGAACGGUCACUUCCCCUACUCCUCUGUCAGCGUCUGUAGAGACGGUGAAAUCUUCACAAUGACCUAUGAGGAGUGGAACCAGAGAAUUCAGGACAACUUUGAAAAGAUAUUCUAUCUGUCACCUGAUCUCGAGGACCCACAUGAACAAUACCCAGACCUGGUGCACAAGAGGGGCAUUUACAAAGACAGCUACGGCGCCUCCAGCCCCUGGUGUGACUAUCAGCUUAGGCCCAACUUCACCAUUGCCAUGGUGGUGGCGCCCGAAAUGUUUACUGUUGAAAAGGCAUGGGGAGCUUUAGAGAUCGUGGAAAAGAAGCUGAUUGGGCCUUUGGGAAUAAAGACCUUAGACCCAGAUGACAUGGUUUAUUGCGGUGUCUACGACAACGCCUUGGACAAUGACAACUACAACCUUGCCAAGGGCUUCAACUACCACCAAGGACCUGAAUGGCUUUGGCCAGUUGGCUACUUCUUAAGAGCCAAACUCUACUUUGCAAAGCAAAUGGGCCAAGAGGUGUAUGAUCACCAUGUGUGUCAGGUGAAGAACAUUUUGUCCCGGCAUCACAUCCACUUAGAAAGAUCCUCUUGGAAAGGCUUACCUGAGCUGACCAAUGAAAAUGGACAAUACUGCCCUUACGGUUGUGAGACUCGGGCCUGGUCGAUUGCCACUAUCCUGGAAGUCUCAUACGAUCUCUGUGACGUGAAGACCUCAGGAUCUGUACCCCUGUAACCUGACAGGCAGGAGUUUUUUUUCCCCCUUCAGUGACUGCUUCUAACGUCCUGUAGAAGCCACAAAGAAGGCCUUUACACACACUUUCUGUUCAACGACUUCACCCUUCUUCCUCUCGUCCUAUCCAGGCUGACAUAAAAAUAACUGAAAACCACCUGUUCAUAUACAGACACCGGUUAGUGGUUGCUACACUCCUAGAGUUGCUUACCCACACAAAGGAAGGAGAACUAUAUGUAUUGAUGAGAAGAAUGUUAACACAUUCUAAACUGCAGCGUAGAAGCAAAAAAUGAAAAGUUCAUACUGCUCUGUUGUCCAUUAACAUGCUUUAAAGGGGCUUGAUCAUUACUUCCUGAUGUUUUAAAGCGAAUUGGUCUGAAGCUCUGAGGCUGAGAGCUGCAGUGUUUAUCCUGACCCUUGUCCUCUGUUAGCUCACCAGACAUGUGAACCUCACAUUUUUGAGUCCUAGAUCUCCUGGUUCACUCCCUCUGCUAGUAUUCUAAUAACUUUGUCAGAUCAUGAAGGGCUUAAUAAUUAAUUGACAAGGUGGACCAUGCGUGUGGAAGCAGGGAGAGCACAAACAACACAAGGUGGGUUAACCUCAGGACUACAACUAGGAAGUCCUGGUUACAGACUCAUAUUCUAUUACAUAUAGAAAUCACAAGCUACAACUCUUAUACUGUGGGGGAGGAUGGUAACUGUUGCGGUAACUGUUACAUAACUGUUGCCAGAGUACAUUUACGUAAUAGAGAUUUUACUGUAUGCGUUUAAGGAGGCAGUCACUUUGUGUGUAUUCUCCAGCAAAGAAGCUCUCUACUGCUCUGCUUUCAAAUCUUGAACAAGAUUCAUGGCGUUCCUUAUGUCUGUGGUUUGACAGGAGUGGAUAAAAUGAGGUUUUCGUGGAAUUUAUCUCUUUGCAAAGUCACGCCUAGGCCUGUCAGAUUUGUUUUAGGACAAACGGCCCAUUCUUUGACCUCAUUUUCUUCCUCUGUGGUUCAUUAAUAAAAGCAACAUAGAAUAAACUGACUGAGAACUACCCUUUGCUUUUUCAAGGUCUGUAAACCUAUGUUUCUAAAUUAAAGGGAGGUCAUUUUCUGCAUACUGAAUAUUAGGAGUUUGAAGGUGUUUGGAGAUUCUGAAAAAUAUAGGUUAAAAUGAUGCGAUUAAAUGAUGUCUGUCCUUUUGGGAAUUCUUUGAUUCAGGCACUGAUGUAGGAUGUAUGUACUUCUCAUGCAGACAAUCUUUCACAAAGGAGAAUCAUAUAGUUUAACAAUAUUCAUAGUCAAAUAUUUGCUCUCUUCCUUUGUAAAAAUUAUUAUAUAAACCAUGCAUGAACCCC